CUUUCUCACUUUCUUCUUAAUCCAAUUUUAUAUUACCUAUCUUCCUCUCCGAAUUCCAAUUCUCCUGCAAAGUGAAAAUGUUAACCGAUUCAGAAUCAGCGACGGUUCUUGCUCGUGGCCGUUUGGAAAUGCUCACAGCUCACCUACUGCCCUCUACUUUCGCCGAACCCAUCAAUCAGGUCCACCUUCACCGUCUCUCGGCCCAGUCUCCGCCGGCGAACCUCAAUGGCACCUUGACCAUCGUCGAUGAGAGGACCGGAAAAAUGUACCAGGUUGAUGUCUCCCCUGAAGGCACUAUCAAAGCUACUGACUUCAAAAAGAUAUCAACUGGGAAGAAUGAUAAGGGACUCGAGCUUUAUGAUCCGGGGUAUUUAAACACAGCUCCUGUUCGAUCAACAAUUAGUUAUAUUGAUGGCGAUGAGGGAAUUCUUAGAUAUAGAGGCUACCCAAUUGAGGAGUUGGCAGAAAAAAGCACUUUUACCGAAGUGUCCUAUCUCAUACUUUAUGGAAGUUUGCCUUCUGAAAGUCAGUUAGCAGAAUGGAAGUUCACUAUAUCUCAGCAUUCAGCUGUUCCACAAGGAGUUUUGGAUAUCAUACAAUCAAUGCCUCAUGAUGCACAUCCUAUGGGUGUGCUUGUUAAUGCUUUGAGUGCUCUUUCUGUUUUUCAUCCUGAUGCAAAUCCUGCUCUCAGAGGUCAUGAGAUUUACAACUCAAAGCAAGUGAGAGACAAACAAAUAGCACGGGUUAUUGGAAAGAUAACAACAAUUGCUGCUGCGAUUUAUCUUAGAAUGGCAGGAAGGCCACCUGUGCUUCCAUCCAACCACCUUUCUUACACAGAGAACUUCUUAUACAUGCUAGAUUCUUUAGGCAAUCGGUCAUAUAAACCUAAUCCUCAGCUAACUCGAGCACUGGACAUUACCUUCAUUCUACAUGCAGAACAUGAAAUGAAUUGCUCCACAUCUUCUGUCCGACACCUUGCGUCAAGUGGCGUUGAUGUAUACACUGCUAUUGCUGGGGCUGUUGGAGCUCUAUAUGGACCUCUUCAUGGUGGUGCUAAUGAGGCUGUCCUCAAAAUGCUGAGUGAAAUUGAAACUGUUGAGAACAUACCAAAGUUCAUUGAAGGUGUAAAAGCCAGGAAACGAAAGCUCUCUGGUUUUGGACACCGAGUGUACAAAAACUAUGAUCCCAGAGCAAAGGUCUUAAGAAAACUGGCAGAGGAAGUGUUUUCCAUAGUUGGCCGGGAUCCUCUUAUUGAGGUUGCAAUUAUGUUGGAGAAGGUUGCACUAUCUGAUGAAUUUUUCAUCAAGAGGAAGUUAUAUCCAAAUGUUGACUUCUACUCUGGAUUAAUUUAUAGGGCUAUAGGAUUUCCACCUGAGUAUUUCACAGUUUUAGUUGCUAUCCCUCGAAUGGCUGGGUACUUGGCACAUUGGAAAGAGUCCUUGGAUGAUCCUGAUACAAAGAUAAUGAGACCUCAACAGGCUUAUAUUGGAGAAUGGUUGCAGCAUUAUACACCAAUCAACGAAAGGAAUGUAUCAAGUGAUGCUCACAAGCUUGGUCAGGUGGCAAUAUCAAAUGCUUCAAAGAGACGGCUUGCUGGAUUGGGAUAUAACUUGUAGGCUGAAUAUAUGCAUUUGUGAGUGACAUGACCAAAAAGAUGAUGUAUAAUUCUCAAGAAUGUACAGGGAGAAAAUAAUUUGUUCGUCGCUUUUUAUUACCUAAAGUUCAAUUUCACAUGAUCAGGAUGAUGCAAGGGGAGCAUGUCCUGCAUGAAUAAUGCAACUUGUAUUCCAUCCAUACCAACUGGAAGAAUGAUGCUGGUCGGAUUUGUUGUUCCAGCCUUUUCGUGCAAGUAGUAUACGAGUCACUAGUUCUAUCUUUAAACUCUGUGUUUUAUUAAGAUAAGCAUAGUUUAGAGAUCUCAUAGGUAGUAAUAUGUAUAAUUGAUUAGCAAAUGAAUCUCUAGUGCUUGCUUGUGUUAAAGCAGUAGACUAAAUUUUCUACGAAUUCUAUCUUUUUUCGUCCAUAGUUAGGUGCAUGAGAUAUUUUUCAGCUUUUUUUUUUUUUUAAAUGCUUCAUUUGUACUUUGUAAUCUAAUGAG